AUGAGACAUCUUCCAAAUGAUGAUGCCGCCGGACAGUCACGCACUGACCAAAGUCAAGGCCAUCGGCGGAACGUGGCAAUCUCUUGUGCACAGGCUACUUCACAGAAGCUUCACAAGCAAUCGGCUAGUUUCAGACUUCAAGAGCGACGACUGAUGCUUCUCAGCCUUCCAAACUGGACCACUCCCGCUUCAUUGGGGUCCAGAAUGCAGCCAAAUGAAUCGGCUGUCCAUCAGUCGAGUACUGAACUAGUCGUGUCGUGUAAGGGCACCGGAGGCGGAUACCGAAAUGAUGGUGAAGAUGGAGCACAAAAACCAGAUGCCAAGUGUGAGCUGUUUAUCUUUUUGCUCAUCCUAACUUGUCCGUGCAUUCGUGCAUUCAUGCAUUGCUCUUCUGCUCUGGAUAAUGUGUAUGUGGGCUUAUCUCGAGGUCGAAGACAAUGGAGCAUGGUUCUACAUCAAUCCAAAAGCACCCGAUUAGGAAGAGACAAAAAGAAGCCAAAGCUAUCUGGAAUGAAGGAACGCAACAUGGCAACAGGGCUGAAACAAUUCAGAAAAGAAUGCAAGUAUCAACAGCUAAAACAGCUAGUCACAACUGAGACCGACAGUUUGUUUUGA